AAAAGAAAUGAAUGUUUAAGGUGUUUACGAGAAUUCACAACACAUCAAUUUUGUUUUCUUUUUUUUCGCUUGGUACAUUCGAUGAUAAAGAUGUAAAAAAAAGAGAAAUUCUUUUAUCAAAUUUGGCCACCAACAACAAAGAAAUUAUGUCACGAAAAACAUUAUUUACCGGUAUUUUAUGUUUUGUUUGUGGUAUAUUGAUUGGAUAUGCAACAAGUCUUUUGACAAUAAAUGAUGAUGAUCAUGUUCGAAAACGGCUAAAACGAAAUUUAUCCGACAAUAAUGAUCUGGUGAAAACAUUACGAAAAGAUUUUGAAAAAGAAAUUCAUGUUCUUUAUGAAAAAUUAGAUGCCAUUCAUCAAGAAUUACAAUUAAGUAAAAAUAAAAAAAUCAAUAAUAAACGUAAUUCGGAUAUUUCAUCCGAUGAAACUGAUCAAGCGGAAUGUUUUUAUGAUACAGCCGAAAUCUUUAAGGAUGAAAUUGAUGAACAAAAAAAUGAUUAUCAACAAAUUGAUGAUAUGUUUGAAAAUGAUUCGAUUGAUGUGCAAUAUAUUUAUGAUUAUAUCAAACAAAAAGUGUCAAAAAUUCCAAAUGAUGCAGAAAUGUUAUGGAGACAUUCGAAAGCAGCACAUUUGCUUAGUAAAUCAACUAAUCAUAUGAAUAAUUUGGAAUCAAAAAAACAAUUACUUUAUGAAUCGUUUGAUAUGGCUAAUAAUGCAUUAAAAUUGAAUGAUCAUAAUGCUAAUUGUCAUAAAUGGUAUGCCAUUUCGAUUGGUUGUCUUAAAGAUUUUGUUUCGAUAAAGGAAAAAAUUAACAAUGGCAUCCAAUUUAAAGAACAUUUAGAUAUUGCAAUGUCAUUGAAAGAUGAUGAUCCAACAUUAUAUCAUUUAGCUGGACGUUUUUGUUUAGAAUUAUUAGCCAUUUCAUGGGCUGAAAAAAAAUUAGCCAGUAUGAUUGUCGGUUAUAGUUUACCCGAAAUAACUUAUCAGGAUGCCUUACAGUAUUUUCUUAAAGCAUAUCAACUAAAACCACGAUGGAAAGAAAAUGUUUUCUUUAUUGUUCAAACAUUAAUACAGAUGAAUGAACAAGUAAAAGCACAUGAUUAUUUAAAAGAAGCAUUAGCCAUUCCAUUUAAUGAAAAAUCUGGUGAAGAACAAAUUAUUCAUGAUAAAUUGCUCAAACUUCAAUCAUCGAAAUUUUCCUAACAAAAUACGCGCCAUCACAUUAUGCAUAUU